AUGGCAAACAUGCCGAGUGAGAAGACACUACCAGACAGCAAACAUGCAGACGACCAAGCAAGUUGCGACGAGGGCGCUCUGCAACAGAUUCAGGAGUCCUCCUUUGCCUUUCCGUCCACCGCGGAGAGAAAGCUCGUCCGAAAGAUUGACAUUAUGAUCCUACCUAUUAUGACCUUUGCCUACAUGAUGGCCUUCCUGGAUAAACAAGCCCUCAGCUACACGGCCAUCAUGGGCCUGCGAACAGAUCUCAAGCUCAGAGGGUCCGAGUAUAGUUGGUCAGGCAGCAUAUUCUACUUUGGCUAUCUGUUCUUCUCAUAUCCUGCCUCGAUUCUCAUGGUCAAGUUUCCACUGGGAAAGUAUCUGGCCUGCAACUUCAUGUUAUGGGCUAUCGUUCUGGCUUGCCAUGCCGCCACGACCAAUUUUGCUGGGCUCAUGGUGGCCCGUUUCUUCCUGGGAUGCGCCGAGGCGAGUUUCUCCAGCGGAUUCAGUCUGAUUACUUCGCUGUGGUAUCGAACGUCUGAGCAACCGCUCCGGCAUGGGAUCUGGUUCUGCGGGAAUUCCAUCUCAAUGAUCAUAGGGAACCUGGUUGCAGUGGGAAUCUGGCAAAUCAAGACCAGUCUGCAGUCGUGGAAGUGGCUCUUCAUUAUCUUCGGGAUCAUCACCUUCCUCUUUGGCAUUCUCAUGUUCUUCCGUCUCCCCGACACGCCCAAUACAGCCAGCUUCCUCACAGAAGAAGAGAAGCUCAUCGCCAUCGAACGUCUCAAGGCCAACAAAGCCGGAUACAAGCGCAACAAGAUCGACUCGGCCCAAAUUAUCGAGGCCUUCACCGAUCCCAAGACCUGGAUGCUGGCCGUCAUGAUCCUGGGAUUCAAUAUUCCCAACGGCGGAUUCACAACGGCAUGA